AUGGGUCAGGGAGACACCCUGGCAGGCAGUGGGGCCUCCACCCAGAAUCAGUCCUACUCUGUCCCCAGAGCAGAGAUUAGUGUCCCUUGCAGCCUCAGGGCUGCCCAGAAAAUGGGAAGCAGUUGGCCCGGGAUGCCUGGGCUUGCAUUUUUCCUUCUGCUGGUACUGCCUCCUCUGCUGGCAAACAGUGGGGCAUACCAGCACAGAGUCCUGGCCUCGGGAGACAUCCAGAACCUCCAGAGAAACCGCCACAACAUUAUCAACCUGGACGGGGAGCACACCCAGGAAAAUGGGUCCAAGGAGAGGCUGGCAGAUGAAAAGAAAUCCUGCCAGAGCAACCUUGACCUUUAUUUGAUAAUAGACAAGUCAGGAAGUGUAGACAACAACUGGAUUUUCACCUAUGGAUUCAUAGAGGAUUUCCUCAAAAAGUUUAAAAACACGAACAUGCGCGUCUCGAUCGUCACCUUCUCCACACAGGCCCACACCGUCCUAAAGCUCACCUCGGACAAAAAAGAAAUAGAAGAGGGUCUCAACCAACUGCGGAACACAGUGCCUACCGGAGACACAAACAUGCAGGAAGGAUUUAAAGCGGUCAGUGAGCAGAUCUCCACAGCAAACCCUGAAGAAAAGAAAUUUCACUCAAUGGUUAUCUCCCUGACCGAUGGAACACUUUGGCCAGCGUCCUUUGAGGCUACCAAGAAAGAAGCUCAGAAGAUUCGACAACUGGGAGGGACUGUUUACGCUGUGGGUGUAAACAAAUACAUGAAAAAUCAGCUCCUGGCAAUUGCGGACAGCGAGGAGCACGUGGUUGGUGUGGACACUGGAUUCUAUGAUCUCAAGAACAUCGUUGACUCACUCGCAGCUAAGUCCUGCAUUGAGCUUACAAGUGUGGAACCGACCGAUUACUGUGUGGGAGAAAACUAUGAUGUAAGCAUCCUUGGAAGAGGUUUCCGUAACGCCAGAAACAAAAAAGAAGUUCUUUGCAGAUUUCAAAUAAGUGACACCAUAUUUUUUGAUAAAAAAGCCACCGAUGUAGACGACACCAGCAUAAAGUGUUCGGGAGUGAAGAUAGAGGAAGCAGCCAGCGAGAUCUCUGUUGAAGUGAGCCUGAACAACGGUGCCAGCUUCAUCAGCAACGGGCUCAGGAUCAGCAGCAAGGACUGUGAGGAUCACAGGACUGUGCAGCCAACGGACAAUCCAGAUGUGACACAUGUGCCAGCAGUUCCCAAAAAAAGAAACAUGCCGUUUCCUGAUAUCAACGCUUAUCAACUGGCAAUGGUCCUAGGAAUAAUUUCAGUACCAGUGGUGAUCGUGUUGCUGUGGAUAUUUUGUUUUAGAAAGAACAAGGAGCCAGUGGACCCGUGUGAACCAACAUGCCCCACAAUGGUGGUCCCUGCUGGUGGAUAUAGCAACAUGAGACACCUAGAGAGAAAAAUGGAUAAUUUGUGCAACUUUUUUCGUAUCUGGAACCACCACCCAGAGAUGUGGUAUCAGCCCAGGUGCAAGCGGUAGUGCCUGAUCUUCAGCCCACUCAGUCCUGAUGUGAGAAGAUGCCCGGCUACCCACUCUUGCGCACAACCCAACCUCCUCAACAGCUGCUGCUGUCAGUGCCAACGCACCUCAACCCAGCCCCCACCACUCGUCUGUUCCCGUUGCCCUCCUAGAUGCUCCAAUGAUCCCUGCCCUGUGGGAACAUUCGGUGGAGUCCCUUUGUCCCUCCCACCCCCAUAGCCCAGCCUCUAAAACACCAAAACCCAAAAUUAAAAAGAGCCCUUUAUGUGCUGAA